AUUAUGAAAAAUACACAAAAUGCUUUAGUAUUUUAGUACUUUUUAUCAACUUUAAAAGAGUCCAUAAACGACAUAUACAUUCAAGUUCAGCUUGAAAUACAAUUAUUCAAACUUAACACUGUGGUUUGCUUGGACCCAUUGUUUUAUAAACUAUAUAUACAUUUAUAAAAAUAAAAAUAAAAAUAAAUAUUUAUUAAAAUAUUUGAUUCUCAAUAUGAUAAACCAAAUUUUGGCAUACUUGAUUUCAUAAUUGUAUUUUUGGAAAAAUAAUGUGAUAUCAAUUCCACUUUUUUAAAUCAGAUUUUAAUGUUACAUAUAUAUUAAGAUAUUGCUUUACAUGUAAUAACCCCACAAUUUAUUGAAGUAUUUGUUUCACUUUCAAAUCUAUAAUUAAAUUGUAAUUAAGAAAAUUAAAAAGCACAAGUACAACAUACAAACAUGCACCAAAAGAUGAAUAGAUUGUAAUUUAUACAUCCCCUGUGUGUAAAUUGCUUUUUGAGAUCUUAUGAUACAAUCUUGAAAGUGGGUAGUGAUGGUUAAGAUAUGAAAAGUAAAAAAAUGAUUUGAAGCUCCUUCAUUAUAUUACAAAUGUAUUCUGUAAAUCAAAUAAUUUUCUUCUGUUCGUAUGAUAAUAUUUUAAGACACAUAUUUCUUUAAAAUGCAUUGUCUAAGAGACUGAUUUGUAUUUUUAUUUUUGUAUGAUACAUAUUUUAAGGGGGAAAGUGGAUUGAUUUAGGGUUCAAAUUUUUGUAUAAUUCAAUUACCAUCAUGUCAGAUUUGCAAACAAGUGAACCUUGGCCAACACUAUUAAAAUAUGCAGCACCUUCUAUUAUACCUGAUGUAAAGGAAACUCAAGAAUCUAAGAAUAGAAAGAAGAAGCCGCACCCACCAAGUGAUCAAAAGCCAUCUAUAACACAAGUUGAAGAAAUUCUUGAUUCCAUUUUACCACCUCGACAAUGGAAAGUUGGAGAUCAAAGUUGGAUUCAAAGGGUUUCAAGUGCACCAGCAACACGCUUGGAUGUCAUUCAACUUCAAGAAAAAUUGGAUCAACAAUUAGAACAUCGUCAAGCACGUGAAGUAGGAAUAUGUCCUAUUCGUGAAGAGCUCUAUGGCCAAUGUUUUGAUGAGUUGAUAAGACAAGUUUGCAUCAAUUGUGCCGAACGUGGACUUCUCCUCCUACGAGUCCGAGAUGAAUUGCGCAUGACGAUUGCGGCAUAUCAAACACUUUAUGAGAGCAGCAUUGGAUUUGGGCUAAGAAAAGCUCUGCAAACAGAAUAUGGAAAGACGCAGACGCAAGCCCGUGCCUCUCAGUUAGAGGCAGAGAUGCGGGAGUUGGAUAGGCAAGUUGCAGAAUGGAAGAACAAGUGCGAGACAAACGAGAAGAAGAUGAUGGAAACGAAGAUGUACGAAGAUAAGAAGCAUGCCGAAGAAGUAGCAUACUUCAGUCGUUCCAACAAGCAGUUAAAAGCUCAGCUUGAGGCGUUCUUGGCUCCAGCUAAGAAAUAA